AUGAUUUCCACCCUUACACCCCUCGCAUCUCAAGCGCUGACCAAACAUCCCAUCCUCUCUAUCCUCGCGCUCCUCGCCGCUCUACCAUUCACCUACUUCCUAUGCAACGAAUACGUCCGCUACACACGGCGCAUAAAGGCGUUUCCCGGGCCGCGCAACUGGCCCAUCGUAGGCAACAUCCCCGACAUCAAGUACAACGCCGCAGAAAAGUACCGGCAGUGGAGCAAAGAGUACGGCGCGGUGUACCAGAUCCAGCUGGGGAAUGAGCCGGUGAUAGUGGUGAACAGUGCGGAAGCAGCGCGGAAGAUCUUCGGGGGGAAUAGUCAGGCGUUGAGUUCUCGACCGGUGUUUUGGACGUUUCACAAGGUGCUUUCCAAUACCGCGGGGACUACGAUCGGUACAUCGCCUUUCAAUGAGUCGCUUAAACGCCGGCGCAAGGGCGCUGCGUCUGCGCUCAAUAAACCCUCUAUUGCGACGUAUAUCUCGCACCUCGAUCUAGAGACCAAGGAGUUCGUCAAAGACGCGUUCGAGUCUAGCCAAGCGGGGACAGUGGGCGUGGACUGCAUGCCGAUGAUUGAGCGGUUGUCGCUGUCGCUUGCUCUCACGUUGAACUGGGGCACGCGCAUGGGUAGCCGAGAGGAUCCCAUGUUCCAUGAGAUUACUGAGGUAGAAGCCGCGAUUUCCAAGUUUCGAUCUACGACAGGCAAUCUCCAGGACUAUAUCCCGGUGUUGCGGUUGAAUCCGUUUAGCUUUGGGACGAAGAAGGCGAAAGAAUACCGCAGGAGGAGAGACGUUUACCUUACGAAACUCAAUAGGGACUUGGAUGAUAGGAUGGAAAAGGGCGUUCACAAAACGUGUAUUCAGGCUAAUAUCAUCUUGGAUAAGGAGGCGGGCCUGAAUAAGGAGGAGUUGACAUCAAUCAGCUUGACUAUGCUUUCUGGGGGUCUGGACACGGUUACGACGAUUGUACAGUGGAGUGUUGCGCUACUGGCCCAACGACCAGACGUGCAGAAAAAGGCUGUCGAGGAGAUCCGCAACUUCUACUCUGACACCGAGCCGCUCUGCGACGCAAACGACGACCAGAAGUGCGCGUACAUCUGCGCGUUGGUCAGGGAGUGUCUGAGGUACUACUGCGUGCUGAGGCUGGCGCUUCCCAGGGCGACAGUCAAGGACAUUGUGUACGAAGGCAAGUUAAUUCCAGCCGGGAGCACAGUGUACCUAAACGCGUGGGCGUGCAAUAUGGACCCCGACGUCUGGCACGACCCAGAGAACUUCCGCCCUGAGCGCUGGCUCGAGCAGCCCGACGCGCCGCUAUUUACGUACGGUCUCGGCUACCGCAUGUGCGCAGGCUCGCUCCUGGCAAACCGUGAAUUGUAUCUUGUCUUUAUGCGGCUGUUGAACAGCUUUGAACUCAUCCAGGAUUCGGAGGUUGAUGUGCAUCCGGUGCGAGGCAGCGUGGAUCCUACCAGCUUGGUGUGCAUGUGCAGACACUACAAGGUCAUUUUCAAGCCGAGGAAUGAGACGGCGCUGAGGGCGGCGUUGGAUGCGGCGGAUGCGCGGUUAUCGGGAGCUUAGGAUAGUUUAUCUGAUGAGUUGACAUGCUUGAAGACUUGAAC